UGGGAAAGUAUUUUGAAAAUCUGAAAGAUGAAUAUAUGAAGUGUUGUCUCUUUCCAGUGUGGUCCUGGAAAAUAGUGAAUAGGAAGUUGUGUCUUUGAUACCAGAUCCAGAUAUUGCGGGUUGGGUUGAGCUCAGCAGAAGCUAAUUCUUUCAAGGUGUGGUGGUGGGAGUUUGCUUAAUGAAAAGCCUUCCUUAGACAUCUGAUAUUUCUGAUUGCAGUUUUAUAAGUAUAGCAUACGAUGUUUUUUUGUUCUGAUUUUUCUGAAUUUUUGGAAUGGUUCCCUAAUAAUAUCAAUGAUGCAAAAGUCAUUUUCCAAAUGGAUAUAAUGACAUAAACGAUUAUUGAGUAAGUAGAACAAACUCCAUAAGCAGACAAUUUACCUCCUUUCAUGACAAUGGACCAGCACAUAAUAACUUCUUUAAAAAUCCAUAAAAGUAUGUUCUAAUUAGAAUUCCCUUAUAAUCUUCCAUCAGGAUAUGAGAAUAUUGGAUUAAUUGAUCAGGGCCAUGCAUGGUAUCUUCUACUAUUCCCCUAUCUAUUCGAUAAAAUGAAGACAGGAAAUUGUUAUCACAUCAGAGGAACUUAAUCAAGAACCUGAUACUGUCAACAUGAAACAAGAACCAACACUCAAACUAUUCCACCAUCCUCUAUAUAAACACAUGCAUGAUGUGCUCCUCCAGCUUUGUCAAGAAUUGAAAUAGGAGAAGGGAGAAAGGGCACCAACCAGAGGAGGUUAUGGCACAGGUGGCAUGUAAUGAUCUUGGGGGAAUUUACAAGAAGUUCAAGCCACACCUCCUCAUGGUUUUAGCUCAGAUGGGCUAUACAUUUCUGUAUUUUAUCACAGAAGCUUCCUUCAAUCAUGGGAUGAACCCUCAUGUCUACAUAACUUAUCGACAUAUUGUGGGCGGUGUAGUGAUGUUCCCUUUUGCCUAUGUUCUUGAAAGGAAAGACAGACCAAAGCUCACAUUAGCUCUUUUCUUGGAACUUUUUGUUCUUUCGCUUCUGGGGGUGGGUUUGACUUUAAACAUGUACUUUGCAAGCUUAAGAUAUACCUCUCCUACCUUCCUUGCAUCAAUAAUCAACACCAUAGCUUCCGUAACUUUUGUAAUUGCGAUUGUAAUCAGGUUGGAGGUUCUUAAUCUUCGAAAUCCUCGUGGGUUAGCGAAAGUUUUGGGAACCCUCGUCUCCUUAGCUGGUGUAAUGACCAUGACAUUGUACAAGGGGCCUAUUGUGAGAAAUUUAUGGCAUCCAUUAAUCCAUGUCGAAGGAAAAUUCUCCAUCCAUGAGAACUGGUUGAAGGGUUCAAUUCUUACUGUUGCAAGCUGCAUAUCAUGGUCUAUCUGGUACAUUAUGCAGGCAAUUACAUUGAAAAGAUAUCCUGCACAACUGUCACUGACUACCUGGAUGAGCUUCAUAGGGGCAGCACAAUCAGCUAUCUUCACAGUGUGUAUAGAACAUAGACGAGCUGCUUGGACAAUUGGAUUCAACAUCGACCUCUGGUCCAUAUUAUAUGCUGGAGUAGUGUGCUCUGGUCUUAUAAUCUUCAUUCAACUAUGGUGCACAGAAGAGAAGGGGCCAGUUUUCGUGACCAUGUUUAAUCCCGUUUCAACAAUAUUGGUGGCUGUUCUAGCAUACUUCGUCCUCGGUGAAAGACUUUAUACCGGCAGCAUACUGGGGGCAUUUAUUGUCAUCCUUGGCCUGUACUUGCUGUUGUGGGGAAAAGAAGGAGAUGAAGUAUACAUCAAGUCAGAAGAGUCCUCUUAUCAGACAACAUAUGAAGAGCACAAGGAUAAUAACAUACAGAAAAUCACUUCAGCUAAGAAGGAUGUGCUACACGGUGAACCCUAAAGGUUAGAUUGGAUCAUUCCCUAGAAUCCAUUGAGAGAGGGAAUCGAAAACCAAUAAAACUGUGAACAAGAAGAAGAUGAUGAAAGUAACAAGAAAAGUUGUGCGAGCAAACAAGGGAGGAAGAGAAAGGAAGUCCGCUUUAAACUUGCUCAUACACAAGCUGCAGGAACCCGUGGCUCGCUCGAAAAAGUGUCCAUUGAUUAAUGCAUCAUUUUUCCUAUAGAAGUCUACUUUAAACUUCCUUAUGUUUGAGCAGGACACUUUCUGUGUCAUUUGUAAUAUUUUGUUAGCUCUUUUAUUUAUGGAAUGCGAUCUUGGCAUAGGGUCUGCAGCAGCAAGAGAAGUGUUAUUUACAAUUGUGUCAACAACAAAUGGUUACCAAAAUAAGUCAGUGGAAGCAGAGGGAUGUUGGCUUAGUGUUUGGUUACUGGCAGGUGAAAGUUAG